AUGGUCUGGUCAUCGGAUUCUUGCAACGACCAAUCGUUCAACCAAACCCGAGAUCCUUGUGUUGGCCUUUCCACAAUUCAAGUGUCAGCAUCAUCAUCUCAAUCUGCAGUUGCUGCUGCGGCGGCAUUGGUGAAUGCUGUUUCAUCUUGUUGUAUGAAUUUGUGUCUCACCUUCCUUCCUCCCUACCUUCAGCCGAGGAAAGGAAAUGGAUAUGGUGGUAUGCCGGCGGGGAUGGGAGCCGGUCAGGAAGCAGUGAUUUUCAGUUACGGCGACGACGAGAAGCGAGUCGCAUUCCUAGAAAAGCGAGACCAGAACUCCUCCUCGUCCUACUCCGGCGGCGGAGAUGGAGCCGCGGCGGCGGCGUUGGUUGAGCGGAGCGGGACGGUGUGGACGGCGGUGGCGCACAUAAUCACGGGAGUGAUCGGGUCGGGAGUGCUGUCGCUGCAGUGGAGCGUGGCCCAGCUGGGGUGGGCGGCGGGGCCGGCAGCCAUGGUGAUGUUCGCCGCCGUGACUCUGGUGUCGGCGUUCUUGCUCUGCGACUGCUACCGGUCGCCGCAUCCGCUCCUCGGCCCUUCCCGGAACCGCUCUUAUCUCCAGGCCGUUAACCUCACCCUAGGGAGGACAAAGGCGUGGGCAUGCGGGGUGCUAGUGCACACAAGCAUGUACGGAAUAGGGAUUGCCUACACCAUCACUGCCGCCAUCAGCAUGAGGUCGAUUCAGCAAUCAGCCUGCACCACUUACAACAACAACAACAACAAGAAAGAAGAUGGGGCAUGUGACAUGAGCUGGCACAUGCUGGUGUUUGGAUUGGCUGAGAUGUUCAUGUCUCAGAUCCCCAACUUCCACGACAUUCAGUGGCUCUCCAAUGUUGCUGCUCUAAUGUCUCUGGCCUACUCCUUCAUUGGUCUCGGCCUUGGCUUUGCUCGCGUCUUGGAGAAUGGGUAUGUGAAGGGCAGCAUGACAGGGAUAAGAGGAGCAACUCCGGUUGACAAGAUGUGGAAGGUGUCUCAAGCGCUUGGGGACAUUGCAUUUGCCUAUCCCUACUCUCUAAUCCUCAUUGAAAUCCAGGACACUUUGAAAUCCCCGCCUUCAGAGAAUGAGACGAUGAAGAAGGCAUCCACAGUGGCGAUACUAGUGACCACAGUGUUCUACCUCUGCUGUGGAGGGUUCGGGUAUGCAGCAUUUGGGGAAGACACUCCAGGAAACCUCUUGACUGGUUUCACUCACCCACAUUGGCUUCUCGACUUCGCCAACGCCUGCAUUGUGCUCCACAUCCUCGGCGGCUAUCAGGUCUACUGCCAGCCGGUGUUCGCAACUGCAGAGAAGUGGUUGGUGGAGACUUUCCCGGACAGCAUCCUCGUCCGGCACAGCAGCGUGAAAUUGCCAGUUCCCGCGGCAGGCCGGAACGUGGAAGUGAAGGUGCUGCGGCUGUGCUUCCGGACGCUGUACGUGGCGUCGACGACGGCGAUCGCGAUGAUGUUCCCCUACUUCAACCAGGUGAUCGGGGUGCUGGGAGGGUUCAUGUACUGGCCGGUGAGCAUCUAUUUCCCGGUGGAGAUGUACGUGAAGCAGAGGGAGGUGGAGGCCUGGACGGUCAAGUGGGUGCUGUUGCAUUUGUUCAGCGUCUUCUGCCUCUUGCUCAUUUGCUUCGCUCUCGUUGGUUCGGUUCAAGGCCUCCUCACCGCACACUUGGGGUGA